CGAAGUGACCCGUUGGGCGUAGGGACAGCAAUGGUGAUAAAGAAGCUCGGAAGGGUUGUGUGCGGCAUGUCGGGCGGCGUGGAUAGCAGCGUUGCUGCCUACCUGCUGAAAAAGAAAGGGUAUGAUGUCAUUGGUGUUUUCAUGCGCAACUGGGACAGCCGAGAUGCUGGUGAACGUUGUGUCCUUGAUCAGGAGGAGAGCGAUGCGCAGUUUGUGUGUGACCACCUUGAAAUACCAAUGAAGAUGGUGGACUUUGUCAAGCCUUACUGGCACAGCGUCUUCAGCACCAUGCUUGACGAGUACCAGAAGGGGUGGACGCCCAACCCGGACGUGCUGUGCAACCGAGCCAUCAAAUUUGGCGUCUUUCACGAGUACGCCACUCGGAAGCUGGGCGCCGACAUGGUCGCCACUGGCCACUAUGCCCGUCUACAGCCGCUGCCUGAUGGGCGUGUGCGGCUGAUGCGAGGCAUAGAUGGCGACAAGGACCAAAGCUUCUUCCUGGCUCAGGUGAAGCAGGAGGCACUGCAGCGAAGCCUCUUCCCCCUGGGCGACUUCGACAAGACUACAGUCAAGCAGGUCGCAACAAGCAUAGGGCUGCAGAGGAUUGCGACUAAAAAGGAGAGCAUGGGUCUCUGCUUCAUUGGGAAGCGGGAUUUCCGAGCCUUUGUGGAGCAGUACCUGGAGCCAAGACCAGGAAGUUUUGUCGACAUGGAGACUGGCGACGUGGUCGGAACACACACCGGUCAGUCAUCAGUGGUUUCUUCAUGCUCACGUUGUAGUUGCUUUCAAGACACGGUGCCCGCACUGCCGUCGCAGGAGUAA